UAUAUCGUUUCUGUUGUCGGUUGCGCAUCAUUAGCAUAUUUUAAAAGUAUUCACCAUGGAGAAUCAUCUACGCAGCAACCUUCAAACUCUCGGCCUAGGGCAAUACAUCGACGUGCUGCAGCAAAACGGAUUUGUUGACUGGGGUACUUUGUCGAAGGCUAGAGAAGAAGACCUUGGUCGUCUUGGGUUUAAGCUUGGCCAUCGCCGUCGACUCCAGAGGGAGCUAGCGAGUAAUGCAUUGGGAUGUCGAUGCGGGGUAACUGCGCCAAGACGAGCUGUAUAUGCUCAGAAUUUACGGCACCCUUAACAGUCGACUCAUCGCUUACAUCCAGUCAACCGACGCGCUCUAAAGCCUGAAGACCACAUGCUACCACAUUCCCAGUAGCGGGCAACGGAUCCCGGACCCCU